AUGUCGAAGGGAUUAAUCUUUAUUACCGGAGCCACUGGCUUUAUCGGCAGUGCUACAGCUGUUGAAGCCUUGAAGUCUGGAUACAGACUAAGAAUCUGCCUACGCAAGCCUUCUCAGCAGCUGGAGACCUUGCUGUCGGCAUAUAGCGAGCAACUUGAAUUUGUUAUAGUCCGGGACUUUACCGAUGAAACAGCCUUCAAAGGCAAGUUAGAGGGUGUGGAUUACGUGUUCCAUCUUGCAUCGCCUCUGGUUCACGGAACCGACAAAGAGACAUAUUUCACUCCAGCUGUUACGGGAACAACGGCCUUGCUGAAAGCGGCGGCGAAUGUGUCGUCCAUCAAGAAAGUGGUAGUCACCUCGUCCAUCGCUGCUUUGAUUCCUUUGACUGGUAUUCCCGAGGGUGGGGUUAUCAAAGGUAUUUUCACACACUGUUUCUCCACAUGGAAUUUUGUGCUAAUUUGGAGGGUCGCAGAGGAUAAUGAUUGGGAUUUCUCAGUCGACGAGAAUGGGUCCUUUGAGGAUCCGCAGAACCCUGCUGGAACGCCGAUGAGAUUGUACGUGGCCUCAAAGCUCCUGGCAAACAAUGCGACUUGGGACUUCUGGGCAAACGUCAAGCCACACUUUGCAUUAGUAUCACUCCACCCUGCAUUUGUAUAUGGACACAAUCUUGUACAGACCUCUGCCGACGGGGUCUAUACAGGCUCCAACGCCAAUCUGUGGACUCUUAUCAUGCAAGAUAAGCCUUCUUCUCUGACUGGGGUUCACAUUCAGGAUGUUGCGGAAGCUCAGGUCAAAGCACUUGAUCCUCACAUCGUGGAUGGCUCGAAGUAUCUUCUAGCCGGACCGAAGGCAACAGUGGCAGAGAUUGCAAGCAUUGUGCAGCAGUACUACCCCAACUCGGGUGCUUUGAUCAACGAAAAGUCUCGGGGGAUUUCUAUGCCAACCGAUACUACCAAGGCUGAGACGGAGCUUGGGAUUCAGUGGCGCUCGUAUGAGCAGAUAGUGCGUGAAGUCAUGGACCAACAGCUUGCCUUCCUGUAA